AUGGCUAGCCCAAUUAGCAUUGUUAGCACUAACAAAGCACCUGGUGCUCUUGGACCUUAUUCCCAGGGUAUUAUUGCAAAUGGUUUUGUUUUUGUUUCUGGACAACUUCCCGUUGUUCCUGAAACGGGGAACAUUAUAAGCGAUGACAUUAAAGAACAAACGACCCAAGCUAUUACAAAUCUGUCGAAGGUACUUGAAGCGGCACAAACUAAUUUAUCUAAAGUCGUCAAAACAACUGUAUAUCUUAAAGAUAUGAAUCAUUUCCCUUCUGUAAAUGAAGCUUAUGAAAAGGUAAUUACAUGCUUUGGAAAAAGUCGUCCAGCAAGAGCUUGUGUUGAAGUAGCUCGUUUACCUAAAGAUGUUAAAAUUGAAAUUGAUGCCAUUGCUCUUAAUUAA